GUUUAGUGGUUACUUGCGUCAUCGUUUUAUGCUGCUACUUGUGUGCCGAUGCAGAGUGAAGGGUGGAAGAUAAAGUGUGUCCUAACACUCCAGCUUUCACAUAUCAACUCCAAUGCAACGCAGCUUAAAGAGGAAACAACCUGCACCCGACAACAUGCACUGAAACUAAGGAAGCAGCAGCAGCACGGUCAAAUCUGUGAAAUGUGCGCCGCCUCUUCAGAGUCAGUGUCACAUUAACCGAGUUGGGCAACACAUCCAGCAGCCGCACAGACAGUCAGUCAGUCUGAACAGAGCAGCUCGGGCCGGUCUGAAUGUGAGCUGAAACAGCAGACAGGAAGAGAUGCGGAAAAUCCGGAGAAAAGGAGGGAACAAAGACAAGGUGUUUGGAUGUGAUCUGCUGGAUCACCUGACCGCCUCCUGUCAAGAGAUUCCUCAGGUUUUGCAAUACUGCAGUGAGUUUGUUGAGAAGAAUGGCGUUGUGGAUGGUAUCUACAGGUUGUCUGGAGUGUCGUCCAACAUACAGAAACUGAGGGGGGAGUUUGAGAGCGACGGGAAUCCAGAUCUGAACAAGGAUCUGUACCUGCAGGACAUCCACUGCAUCAGCUCUCUGUGUAAAGCUUAUUUCAGAGAGCUGCCCAACCCUCUGCUCACAUACCAGCUGUACGACAAGUUUGCUGAGGCUGUGGCCAUCCAGCUGGAGGAGGAGAGGCUGGUAAAGAUCAGAGAUGUGCUGAAAGAACUACCAGCACCACAUUACAGGACUCUGGAGUUUCUGAUGCGCCAUCUUGUCAAAAUGGCCUCAUAUUGCUCAGAGACCAACAUGCACUGCAGGAACUUGGCAAUCGUCUGGGCCCCCAAUCUGCUAAGGUCAAAGGACAUUGAGACAUCUGGAUUUAACGGUACAGCGGCCUUCAUGGAGGUCAGGGUUCAGUCCAUCGUCGUGGAGUUCAUCCUCACACACGUCCCUCAGCUGUUUCCUGACCAAGGUGGAUCCGGUGAGAGAAGGAAGUCCCUCCCCUCCCCGUCAGCCAUACCCAAUCACAGUCAGGAGGAAGGGUUUCAGCAUGUCCCGCACUUUGGUAGCAUCUGUCCAGGAGACGGUCCUCAACCCAUAAUACCUUACCACGCUAUCAUUGAAGGCACUGACAAGAGGAAAGGAUCUCUGAAAGGCAGGAGGUGGAUGUCCAUCUUCAACAUCGGAGGACGAUUUCCCGACCCACGACGGAGACACAAACACUCAACCAAAGAGAAAGAGAGUCCUACUCUGAGACCAGCAAGAAGCAUGGACUCGCUCAGCAUCUCGCCCGGGCCGAGUGAAGGCUCCGUACGCUCGGCCCAGCGCCUUCCUUCCACCAGCGUGUCUCCCCUCGUCACUCCGUCCCCCCACUCUGGCGCCGAGCUCACGGCGUCCGCCGGUGCGAUAGGUGGAAGUGAAUAUGCUGUAACCUACCGCAGGGGAACGGGGUUAGUAAGCGGGGGUGCGGGGACGCAGGGCACCUACACUUCCCUUGACCCCGAAGGAGUCACAGGCAGCGAGACGCUACAGUCCAGAUCCCCGGGACUCACAACUAAAGUAGGCCGAAGAGCAGCCAUGCACAUCACGGGGCCCACCAUGGUGACUGUGCCCCUGCACAUCACCUCUAACCUGGCAUUAGGGGUGCUGCAAGGGGGUGGAGGCGACAGGCUCAUCCACCGCAGGGAUAAGGAUGGAGGGGACAGGGUGGAAGCUAAGGAAGGGGGAGAGAAGGUGGAGAGGAGGGAGAGCCGGGUCAUGGACAGGAAAGUGGAAGCAAGCAAAAAGGUUGAGGCGAAGGAGGAGAGAAAGCACAGUGGGAAUGUGGCAGACGGGGGGGAAGUUGUGGAUGCAGAAGUGAAUACGGUGGCAGGUGGUUGCGUGGAGGAAGAAGGCGAAGGAAAGAAAGAGGAGGAAGAGGAGGAGGUCAGAGAAGUGUGUAGAUGGAAGCUGGUGGUGGCGCGUCGAGCUGCGUCCACGGAGCAACGAGACAAAAGCCUGACAUCAGACGCUGAGGAAGAUAAUGCCGACGAUGAUGAAUACAUGGAUAUGAAAGGAGCAACACCUACGGAUUGUGAGCCAGAGGCGACUCAGCGUGCUGAUGAUUGUGUGUUUGAUGAUUCUGACGUCCUCAACUCCACCGAAGUGGAGGAGGACGACCAGGAGAUGUCCGGCUACGUUCAAGAUAACUUUGAAUUCCUGGACCAAAUGGACCUGGAUCACAUGGACUGCAGCGUCUCGUACCAGGUGAACGAGUUCUCCGUCGAACCUCCUGGUCACUCGGACGAUGAGUAUGAAGUUAUGGAGCAAGCUCAUCCUGCAGAGCUGCAGACAGACCUGCAGCCGGGCCCGGCAACACAAACCCAGAGCCAGUUAAACCCACACAGGCCGCUCAGCCUCGACUUACACAACCGACACACUAAAUCCCUCAGCCUGCCUUACCUGACCUCCCCCAUCCUCGUAUCGGAGGACUCCUGCUCUGAAGAGGAGGCCGCAGCGGACGACAGUGAUGAUAACGAUUACAGUAGUGAUGACGACGAGAACAUGUUUGUUAAAAGCCUUCCGGCUGAUUUCUUUUUAAACAAUUUGCCCUUUGAAACAAUCACUGAUACACAGAGAGGUUGCACUCUCGAUGGAGCUCGUCGAUCACAGAGCUCUGAGAACGGACCGCUUGGAUUCUCUGCAUGUGAAGACUCAACUGCUGGAGCUGUGGAGCAGGUGGACGGGAAAGACGAAGGAAAGGAGAUCACACAGAAGGACGAGGAAGAUCACCGGGGACGAGAGCGACUGGAAAACAAUAGGCAAAGCGAAGCGACCGAGGAAGAUGUCAUGAAGGAUACUGAAAGUGACAAAGAACAACCUCUCACUGCAGAGGCAUUGACACACUGCUGCUUUGACUUUCCACCGCCCAGCGACGAUGACUCGUGCGAUGUGGCCGACAUGAAGGUCGGGGAGGAGGCGGACAUGUUUGACGAUCUUCCCAGUGAUUAUCCACCUUGUCAUGAAGUUCCUUGUGCAACACAAAAAGAAACCGAUGACGUUUCUUCAGAGGAGUUCAGAGACAUUUCUGCGAGGGCAACAGAGCAGCCGACGAAGGAGAGAGACCGUGAUGAGGGAGAGGACAGGGAGGUGUGCAAAGAGACGGAGGACACAUGUAUAAAAGAAAGGGAUGAGAACAUGUGGGAAGAAACCACUGAGGAGGGCAAUGAAGUGAUGGCUGAAGAAGCACAUCGAGAACAGACGCAGCGAGGUGGAGGAGAGCAGAAGAGUGCAAUUUGUGAGACAAGCAGGGACAUUUGGGUUGAACUUGAAGAUGGUUCAUGUGAAGUUAUAGAGGAUGAGGAAGGAAAGCAGGCCGAGAAAAAGGAUGCAAGCGAUGGAGUUGCUGGGGAGGGAGAUGCGAUGGAAGAUGUUGAAGUUGGAAAGGAGGAAGAGCAGGUAGCGAAGAUUUCAGGAGAGCAAAUGGUGGAAGUUGACAAAGGAAACACAAACGAGACAGAAGUUAGAGUGGAGGUGUUGGAGGCGACUGAAGGAAAGCUCACAGAUCCAGAGAGGCGGCAAGAGUUUGAGGAAAAAGAGACAAACUUACCAAAGACAAGUGAACUAGAAGAAGCAACUCAAGGGAAGCAUGCCGUCAAUACCAAAGCACAGCACCACGAGAGAGAAGAAGAGGCUUCAGGAGAGAAAGAAAAGGAGAACACUGACAAAGAGAGAGCCGAUGAGCGACGUCAAGCGCAGCCCGGUGCAGAUAAACAGCGUGAAGAGGUCAGGUGUGAGAGGGACGAAUCGAAAGAGGGCAGCGGCCAAGGAGGAGUAGGAAGGAAGCUGGUCACCUCCAAACACCUGAGGGUUUACCAAGUAAGAGCGGUGCCGGUCGUGCCUCCGAAGCCGCAGCACUGCAAGAUCACCGCUCUGUCAAUCCGCCAGCAUCAGCAGCAGAGAGAGAGAAGAGACGCCGACAGAGGGGGGGGAGACACGCCGAGGGUCCCGACGGAGCAGGACGUGGUCCACGCCGGAGACGGAGAGAGGGAGAAGAGGAGGGAUGGGGACGAAAGUGCCACAAGAGACACGAGCAGAAACAGUCCGAUCAGCAUGUGUUUUGAUGAGGCUGUUGCCAUAGCAACCCUCAGGCGAGGAAAAGAGAAGGAUUGCGAGAAGGAGAAGGAGAGGCAGAGGGACCGGGGCAAUGAAGUCCAGUGAAGGUUGUCUGUAUAGUGAUUUGACUGUACAAACUAUUUUUUCUACGUGCAGCAUGAAAGGGCUGUGUUAUUGUAAGUCUGCUGAAGAUGUUUAGAUGGUUUAUCCAACACGCACACACUUGAUGCGCAGUCAGGUUUUUAAAAAAUAUUUUUCAGAGGAGGAUUUAUUUCCCUUUAUUAGUCAGAUAACCGUAAAGAGCUGAGCAAAUGAAACGGGGAGACUGGGACCAGGGACGACGCAAUUACACCCCAUCAGGAAGCUUAUAAAUGAAUAGCUGUAGUUGUGCUGCCUCCCAGAGGUGGGAUUAAAGGUGUAGUGCUGCUGAAACAUGUUGAGGAUUAAACAUUACAUGCAUAACCCAGAACUUUAAAAGUACAAAUGAAAGCGAUUAACUCCAGCUCACUCUCGUUUGCACUCGUCGUCUAAUUAUGCAAUACUUUGUAAUUGUAUACAGUGCAUGUGUAAUUAAACGGCUGGCAAGUGUAUGGUUAAAGAUUCAGAAGAGCGGGGAUGUUGAAUCGAAUCAUUCAUGGGAAUUAUAAUAUCUGCAAAACACAUUUUGGAUUAUGUGAAUAAAAAGAUGUUUCCAAGA